AUGAUUUGUCCUAUUAUAGUCGGCAUCACCUGCAUUUUCGCACAAGUUGCGGCCCAGUGGACAUGCGGCGGGGCCAGCUACACCCCGGGUUCAAUCAACUUCACACAGACAUGCUACGACGCCGUGCAGAAAUGCAUCAACCAAUUUGCUGUAAAUGCCAGCCAGGUAGAUUGCCAAGAUUUGGAAGGCAACGUCUCUAUGCAGCAACAGGCAUCCAAGGCCAGUAACAGCGACUAUGCAAGUGCCUUUGAAGACAUUCUUGAAUUUUGUAUCCUUGGCGGACGGAUGACGGGCACGUGGUUUGACGGGAGUGACGGGCAAUGGUACUGGAUUGCGGCCGAGAAAGGGUGCUACUCGUCAAGUGGAACCAUUGGAACUCAUGGCCCUGGAUUCUGUAUUCAAGACCAGGCGGACACGAUUAUCAAUGGCUGUUACCCUCAGCCUGAACCUAACUCUGGUGCGCUACAAGUUCUGCGUACCGCGAAGACUCCCAACGGCUUUACUUCGUCCGGCCGCGGGUGGAACUCGUGGGGACUCCAAGCGCUCCCUAGUUCUACAUCAAUCAUACCGGAAUGGACAGGCCUGAAUCAAGAGAGUGUUCUUGCCCAAUGCAGCGUGCUUGCUGGGACUGAUUUUCGCGCAAUGGGCUACGACCUUUGCAGCGUGGAUUCAGGAUGGUCCACGAACGACGUCGAUGAGUAUGGGCGAAUUCAAUAUAACGACGAACUAUUCAAUCUACCACAGCUCGCGGAGCAGCUUCAUGGGAUAGGACUGAAGCUGGGUGUGUACACGAUCCCUGGAGUCCCCUGCGGUGCAACCAACCGGACAAUCAAAGGUACAAAUAUUCAGAUUGGGGAUGUCCUAAAUGGUAAUAAUGAUGGGCUUGAUCACUGUGACUGGGACUUUUCAAAGGAUGGGGUGGAGCAGUGGCACGACUCCUUGAUCGAACUAUGGACAUCCUGGGGUUUGGACAUGAUCAAGCUCGACUACGUCAUGCCGGGGAGCCCCCAGAAUGGGGCGAACCUGAUGUGUGACACUAGUGCGGUAGUUGAGGCCUACCAUAAGGCGAUCGCCAAUUCUGGCUCUCAAGUCCGACUGGAUAUCUCGUGGAAGCUUACCUUCAUUACCUGGCAAGUUGUCCAGCGUGCAAUUGACAACUACCGCCAGUACAUCUCGCUGCAGAAGCAGCAAAAUGUUCCCAUCACAAUUUACCCGGAUUUGGACGGUUUGUUUACAUGCAACCCGCAGAACUUGACGGGUGUGAGCGAUAAGGAGCGCGUCACCAUCAUGAACCACUGGCUUGGCGCAGGCGCCAAUCUGAUCCUCGGGUGCGAUCUACGUCACAUCGAUGAAUUGGGCAUGAAGCUGCUCACAUCCACUCAAAGCGUAGCAUUCGCCAACUUUGCCGCCCUGAAUCCGAUGCAACCACGGAACCCGGGGACGGGUAACAAUCUGGCACAGCAACUGCAAGCUUGGAUCGGUGGACCAGAUGAGUCGGAUAAGGCCUAUGUUCUGUUGGUUAAUUACGGACCAGAUCAGGGCAGUGGAGGUUUCGGUACGUCGCUGGCGGGUGUGCAGAAGUUGUCGAUCUCACUGAGUGAUCUGGGCAUCGCCGGAAGAAAUUGGAAGAUUACGGAUGUCUGGAACGGUAACUCAACGACGGUCUCAUCUUCGUACAUAGCAAAUCUGGAUGAAGGAGAGUCUCAGCUUUUAUACCUGGAGGGUUAG